AGGAGGAAGGGGCGGGAGAUGGGGGAGGAGGAUGUGAGACUGGGUUAGAGAAAUGAGAGAAAACAAGCUUUUCUGGUGUCACUGCACAGUCUCCCUGCAGCACAGCAGGCUCCCCUUGGGCAAGCGCCCAGUGACGCCAGGUGCUGAGUUGAGAGGCUGAAGGGCUGCAGAAGAACUAAAGAAGGACCGAGCAACACCAUGAUAUUUCCAUGGAAAUGUCAGAGUACUCAGAGGGGCUUAUGGAACAUCUUCAAGUUGUGGGUGUGGACAAUGCUCUGUUGUGAUUUCCUGAUACAUCAUGGAACCGACUGCUGGACUUACCAUUACUCUGAAAAAACCAUGAACUGGGCAACAGCUAGAAGGUUUUGCCAAGAAAAUUACACGGAUUUAGUUGCCAUACAAAACAAGGGAGAAAUUGAGUACCUGGAGGAGACGCUGCCCUUCAGUCGUUCAUACUACUGGAUAGGAAUCCGGAAGAUAAAAGGGAUAUGGACGUGGGUGGGAACCAACAAGUCUCUCACUGAAGAAGCGGAGAACUGGGGAGAUGGGGAGCCCAACAACAAGAAGACCAAGGAAGACUGUGUGGAGAUCUACAUCAAGAGGGCCAAAGAUGCGGGAAAAUGGAAUGAUGAUGCCUGCCACAAGCUAAAGACAGCCCUCUGUUACACAGCUUCUUGCCAGCCCUGGUCAUGCAGCAGCCAUGGAGAAUGUGUGGAAAUCAUCAAUAAUUACACCUGCAACUGUGAUGUGGGGUACUAUGGGCCCCAGUGUCAGUUUGUAACUCAGUGUGAGCCUUUGGAGGCCCCAGAGCUGGGUACCAUGACCUGUGCUCACCCUUUGGGACACUUCAGCUUCAGCUCGCAGUGUGCCUUCAUCUGCUCUGUGGGAACAAACUUAACCGGGAUUGAAGAAACCACUUGCGGACCAUUUGGAAACUGGUCAUCUCCAGAACCAACAUGUCAAGUGAUUCAAUGUGAGCCUCUAACAGAACCUGAUUUGGGGACCAUGGACUGUAGUCACCCCCUGGCUAACUUCAGCUUUACCACUGCAUGUACCUUCAAUUGCUCAGAAGGAACUGAGUUAAUAGGGGAGAAGAAAACUAUUUGUGGAUCAUCUGGAAUCUGGUCCAGUCCUAGUCCAAUAUGUAAAAAAUUUGACAGACAAGUCUCAGGGGUCAAGGAGUAUGGCUACAACCCCCUUUUUAUUCCAGUGGCAGUCGUGGUUACUGCAUUCUCUGGGUUGGCAUUUAUCAUUUGGCUGGCAAGGCGAUUAAGAAAAGGCAAGAAAUCUCAGAAAAGCAUGGAUGACCCGUAUUAAACCACUCUCUGUGAAAGGAGGUUCUUGUGAUACUAAAGAGCCAUUGGAUCCUUCCAAUUCUUCCAUAAAAAAGUUUUGCAUUGUGACAUCGUCGGCAUCCAAGGGAAAGACUGUUUCUUUCAGUGCAUCUGGAAAGAUUCCUAUAUGACUAACAGCUCCUUCUGCUCCUGUUUUGCUCCUCAUCCACCCCCCUGCCCCCAGCCCACAGUUGUUGUUUAUAUAGCUCAAUCUUUCAUUAUCUUUUCUGUGAAGAAAUGAAUAAGACUAUAGGGGAAAAGGAUUACUGUGAAUUGUAAAGAGGUCUGAUGGCUCUUUUUGGACUCUUGUUUCCAGUUUCAAUUCAGUGUGGUACCUAAUGACAUACCCUUCUCAAUACCAUAAAAAAUCCAUACAUGCGUAACUAAGAUUCAGUUUUCUCACAGAUCAAAAUUUGCCUCCUCUGUAUUCUGUGUACUGUGGGGACACACUCUUAUAGAAUGUUCAUAGAAUUGAUGUUAUCCUUGCUUUCCAGUUCCAGUGAAGAAAUGGGGUUCUGCUCAAGUUGGAAAAGUCCUGUUUGCACUGUAGCCCCGCUUACUGCAAAUGGAGGCCGUUCUAUUGAACCACCUGCAGUCUCCCCACUAUUCUUUAGCCAUCUCCCCUUCUCAGUUGGCUGAUUUUCAUUUGUGGCAUCUUAUGUGCACCAAAGAAAAGAAAAAAAGAGGAAAAUAGCUUGUGCUGUUUUUAGCUUUGGGUUUUGCUGUCUCUUUUUAUUAGACCCAUUUGGAUAUUUUGUAGUCAAUGCUUCUUUUAUGACUACUAUAUUGUUAAUAAAGAAACAUCAUCACUGAAAUGUUAGCUGUAGGUAACAACUCUUUGAUGUUAUGCAGAACAGUUAUCACACUUAGAGAGAUUCCUUGAGUCAUACCGAAAUUCUCCCCUUCCCUUAGUCCCAAAUCUCUUAUCCACCUACCUAGAUUUUAUUUCUUUUUUUCAGAGUCAUCUCAGGCAUCCCCCACCCUUUCUACUUCUUCCGUAACUAGUCCUUAACCAGUUCAAGACAUGGCAACCCCCUUCCUGACUUCCAACUGCAAGAUUAGUCUGUAACAUGCAAUUUUGUACUUAAAUACAGCCUGUUUUUUAAAUGUUACCUAGUUUGUCAUUUUAAAAAUUGUCAUAUGUUAUGUUUUCUCCUCAAUGAGAUUGUAUGGUUUAAUAACCAUAGAGAAGAGAUUAUGCUAGAACCCUCGAGUGUCUAGUUCAUUAUUUGACAUUCAAUAAAUGCAUGUUCAAAUAAAUCAGAAAGAGCAUACAAUGUACUGUUCACAUAAGUUUCAGCAAACCCUCUCUCUCCAUGGCAUGUGAUGAGCUAGACAGGUACUUACUUAAUGUCAAGGGCUGAAUGCUUAUGAAAGAAUAGGGAUCUGUCAAAAACUAAUUGGAAAAGGCUCUUUAUCCCAUGGCCAAUACACCAUUCAUACAAAUUUGCUUGUUAUGAGAAUGAUUUUUUGGUAAGAAUUGUUUUCUUUCUCAAAGCUAUCUCAGAUUCUGCAUUACAGCAAGGGCUGUUGCAAAAGAGUCUUCAUGUUGUGCACUAUGAAUCUAGGAUGUGUCAUUCACAUUCAUGUGGCUUAGGGUGCAUGCCCUAGAGUUGUAUAGUGCAUAGUCUGCACAGACUUACAGGGCAGUCCUGACUGCAAGUGCUUAUUCAACUAAAACAUCAGGGCUGAGGAAAUCAAAUGAAGACAACUUCUUGGGAGUAAGAUGUGUAUAGAUUUAGAUAUGCAGUCCUAUAUUCAAGUCUUAAGGGUUCUAUUUGAUGUCAAGAAUUAUAUCAUGCUACAUCAACUAAAUAAAGAUUGAUAAGAUAAAUUUCUCCAAA